AUUCCUGUCUUCAUUGGUCCUCCCUUUCCUUUUCUUCUUCUCCAUACCACUCUUUCCCUUUUAUACAUAACAAAACAAGCAUGGGAUACUUACAAUCCCUUGGCUGUCUCCUUCAAAGUGCAAAGCCUUACAUCGUUGUCAUCUCCCUCCAAUUUGGCUAUGCCGGAAUGAAUAUUAUCUCUGCCAUCUCCCUCGACCGCGGUAUGAGCCACUACGUUCUCGUCGUCUACCGCCACGCCUUUGCCACUGUCAUCAUGGCACCUUUUGCUCUUGUUUUUGAGAGAAAAAUGAUACCCAAGAUUACACUUAAGAUUUUCGCUCAGCUGUUUGUUCUAGCUCUUCUUGGGCCACUAAUUGAUCAGAACUUCUACUACUUGGGGAUAAAAAUGACAUCCCCAACUUUUGCAUGUGCCAUAAGCAACACGCUUCCUUCAAUGACAUUCAUCAUGGCGCUUCUUUGUAGAAUGGAGAAGUUGGAGUUGAAGAGCGUGAGAUGCCAAGCCAAGGUGUUUGGAACAAUAGUGACGAUGGUGGGAGCCAUGUUGAUGACAUUUUAUAAAGGAAGUGUCAUCAACUUCUUCUGGACUGGGCAUGGCCGCCACCCAAACACACCACUCACGGCGGAUGCGGCCGCGGCGUCCAACCUUCACAACGACGGAAAGGUCAUCAAAGGCUCCAUCUUCCUCAUCAUCGCCACUCUGGCUUGGGCGGCCUUCUUCAUUCUGCAAGUCAUAACCAUGAGAAAAUACACAGCCCAUCUUUCUCUCACCACCAUGGUUUGCUUUUUAGGAACCCUUCAAGCCAUUAUUGUCACCCUCGCCAUGGAGCACCGCCCUCACGCCUGGGCCAUUGGCUGGGACAUGAACCUUCUGGCCGCCGCUUAUGCGGGGAUUGUGACCUCAGGGUUGGCAUAUUAUCUUCAAGGUUUGGUUAUGAAAACAAAAGGGCCAGUUUUUGUUACAGCUUUUUGCCCUCUGGGGACAGCGAUUGUUGCCUUCAUGGGCUCUCUCAUCUUGGCUGAAAAGAUUUAUGUUGGAGGGAUAAUUGGAGCAGUGCUGAUUGCGACAGGGCUGUACUGUGUCUUGUGGGGUAAAUGUAAGGAUGUUGAAGACAGUGCUGAAGCAGUGAAAGGUGAAGAAUUGCCUGUCAAAAACGAAGCCAUUGAAGCAACUCAAAAGAAAGAAGCUUUGGUUCUUAGUAUUCGACCCAACAUGGAGAAGAAGCUUCAGCAAACUAAUCACCCAAAUUAAGAAUAAAAAAGAGAGAAUCCUGAAGAACAAUAACAGAGAAAUGGCCAAGAAAAAGGGAGGGGAGGAAGGUUAAUACAAUUAUAAUAACCUUAUAAUUUACAAAUCAAUUUGAUUAUAGCUCGAUAAUUAAAAAUAGCAAUUACUAUUUCAAAAGUCGACGGUUCUACCCGACGUUAAUUGAGCUAGACAUUCUAUUGGACGAAAAGGUGGAGGAUUCCACUAAGGUUGUCUUUUGAGUGGCAGAUUCCUAAUUGUCACUAAACAGCAUAAUAAUCUCUUUUGUUCUUUAAUGUUAAUAAUAUAACCAACUCCAACUCAGUGUUUUCUAGGACUAAGAUCAUUUGUUCUUUAAUGUUAAUAAUAUAACCAACUCCAACUCUGUGUGUUUUAGGAUUAAGAUCACUUAGGUCACCACCACCUCCCAUCAUUCUUCCUGUGGCCUGUUUUUCGUAUCAAUAAUUUGA